UCCAAAAUGUCUGCCAGCAAAGACGUUGAAGAAGCAUUCGUUAUUCUUGACAAAGAAAAGCUUUCAGAUAUAUCCUAUCUUUCUGACGAUGUUGGAAGAAAAUUUCGUGCUGAUUCGAAGAACUUUCUGUCGUUCCUGAAUAUCCUUAGGAAAGAAGGAGAAUUAGCUGGGUUUUGUGAUGUUGUGUUGGAGGUCGAUGGCCAGUCGUUCCCUGCUCAUCGCUGUGUGCUGGCAGUUAAUAGUCAGUUCUUUUACACGCUUUUUACCAGUGGAAUGAGGGACUCSAAAGAAAAACAUGUAAACCUGCGUUCUCUUAAUGGUUUGGCUGUCUCUGCAAUUCUGGACUUUUUCUACACACGCGAUAUUGUAGUCGACAACGAUAACGCAGAGGAGUUGCUUGAAGCAGCCAGUUUUCUCCUCUUGAAUCGUGUGAAGAAUGUAUGUGCAGAGGUGAUAUCCAACAAUCUAUCCAUUUCUAACUGCUUUUCUACCAAACGCCUAGCAGAAAGGUAUGGCUUAGACGAGCUCAAGAAAGAUGCGCAGUCGUUCAUGAAGGAGAACUUCCAAGCAGCGAAGCAGGAAAAGGAAUUUCUAGAAUUGGAGGCCUUUGAGUUGAAAGAACUUAUUUCUAGUGACUCAUUAAGAGUAGAAAAAGAGGAGGAGGUUUUUAAAGCAAUGAUGAACUGGGUUAAGCAUGAUCUUACRAACAGAUCCAAAGAACUUCAUACUUUCUUACCGUGCCUGCGRUAUGGMUCAUUGUCUCCWGAAUUUCUCGAAGAAGUGUUUGAAAAAGAYCCCAUCUUUGAAGGCAAUACUUUUUGYCAAACRGUUUUGAAACAGCAAAGACGACGACAACGUUGUGCAAGAUCUAACAAGCAGCGUAAUUCMAAAGAGAGGCCCUCGGCUAGUGUCCAUGAUGUUGUUAUUGCUGUGGCAAAAGGGAAUCGGCAUACAUCAUUAAUAUAUGAUGUACAAAGUGAGGAAUUCUACAAGCUGCCUGAGCCUUCAAUGCAAUUCUUUCAACAAGGCAUGGCAAUUAUUGGAAGAGAGUUGUAUACAGUAUGCCGUGAUAGGCGUGACUCAAGUGGACAUGCAACUUACAUGAUGAAGCACAAAUUAGGAUCAGAUAACUCACUUGUUGAUCAUUUCUGGGAUGAAAUCAAUACAAGCCCCUUAAAGCCAAAUGCAUGCUAUGACAAAGCAAUUGUCUUGUCUUUCAAGGACAAGCUUUAUAUCGUUGGUGGUUGUAUGGACUAUGAAGGCAGAUCGAUAGACAUCCAGUGCUAUGAUCCAGCUGAAGGAGAAUGGAAAGCAAUGGCUAACAUGAACACUUCAAGAUGCAUGAUUGGAGCUGUUGCUACAAGCAACUAUAUUUAUGCAUUGGGUGGAGCAAAACAUCACACGGAAGUAGCAGAAAAGCUUGUUGAAAGAUAUAACCCUGAUACAAACGAGUGGGCGUCCAUGGCUGACAUGUGUCAUUCAAGAGUCAUUCCUCAAGUUGUAGCUACUAAAGAAAGCAUCUUUGCAAUUGGUGCAACUGGUACUGACACACGGCAAAGUUGCGGUUGUGAAGUCUACAAUGAAUCAUGUGACAAGUGGUCAGUUAUUUCGCCAUUACCCAGCAAAUAUCCCAUGAUUUCUUUGUCUUUGAAUGAUGAAGUUUAUGUGAUCAGUGGAGGGCAGUCUUGGAAAUUUUCAAAGAAAAAGGAAAAAUGGCAGAAAUCUACAAUGUUCAGAGCACUACAGCAUGGCUUUGAUGAUUUUUACUUUGCUCAACUUAAGGUUCCCAAGUUCUGCUGUGAACAAUAUAGCACCACUACAGCUUAUGAUGUAGGACAGUAUGACCUGAGUGAUGACUACCAAAGCUCUGAUGACAAUGAUGACGAUGACAGCUUUUAUGAUGAUGAUGACAUUGAYUGGAGGUUAUUGGCAAUGUUGCUGGCUUGAGGAGGAGAAUGCUUAUUAUGAUUUUCUCUUAAAAGAUGAUCAUGGUAAACAAGUUACUGUUGAAAUUUCUGACAAAAAAUUUAGAUACAUCGUUUKGAACGCCAAAACCAAUUUAUUGGAUUUGAUAAAUUAUUACAACCAAAUAUAUUGUAAUAUCUAUUCUUUUAAACAUAAUUUACUUUUAUAAUGGACAMCAAGAAAAUAUUUAAGGAAAAUUCAAUUAUAUGUUCAGCAAUUUUAUUGUUAUUUGACAUUUUGUUAGCUACCUUGUAGCAUGAUUAAACACAGAUUGAACUGCA